UGUUGGAAAGUUACAUAUCUCGCCUAUUUAAAGAAAUCAUUGUAAGCUCUAAAAUAUAUUGGAACUUUUUUUUUUAAUUAAUUUUGUUGAAAAUAGAAUGGUCGGAAAUUCGCACUAUUAUGAAGUAUGAGUUCUUACGUGGAAUUACGGCAUCGCAGACCACAUGAAACAUUAAUAGUGUAUUUGGCUCUAGUGUUACUACGCAGCAGACAGUAUCAAAUUGGUUUGCCAAAUUUCGUACAGGUAACUUUGACCUCACAAAUGAGCCACGCAGUCGCCCAGAAUCAAAGGUCAAUAAUGACGAACUAAAGGUGACCGUUGAGUCUGACCCAUCUCAGAGUGCCUAUGAAUUAUCGUUGAAGUUUGGUAUUAGCAAACAAACAAUAUUAACUCAUUUAGCUCAAAUCGAUAAAGUAGAUAAGUGAGUUCCACAUGAACUGAAUGAAAAACAUAAACAAAAGCAUUUGGCAGCUUGCUUGAUGUUGCUUUCUCGUCAUCUGAUCCAUUUUUGAAUCGAAUUGUCACUUGUGAUGAGAAAUAGAUCCAAUAUGACAAUCGCAAAUGUUCAGCACAGUGGUUGGACAAGGAUGAAUCACCAAAACACAUUCCAAAUCGCAAUAUUCAUGAAAAGAAGCUGAUGGUGAGUGUUUGGUGGUCUAGCGUAGGUCAAUUAUGAUCCAUUAUGAUUUCAUGAAACCUGGCUCAUCGAUCACAGCAGAAAUAUACUGUAACCAACUGGACGAAAUGAUGCAAAAACUUAAAGAAAAACAGCCUAGAUUGGUCAACAGAUCUACUCCUAUCUUAUUGCAUAAUAACGCUAGACCACACAAUGCACAAAUGACUGGCAAAACUACAGGAAUUGGAGUUGGAACUUCUUCAUCAUCCUCCAUACUCACCAGACUUAGCCCUCACUGACUACCACUUCUUCCGCAAUUUGGACAACUUUUUAAUAGGAAAACAAUUUAAUUCUGACAAUGCUGUAAAACUGGUCUUCCAGGAAUUCAUUGACUCUCGUCCGCCAGGGUUUUAUACCACCGGCCUGAACAACCUGCCGCUUAAAUGGCAAAAGUGUAUAGACAAUAUGGGUGCAUACUUUGAUAAAAAAAAUAAUUUUUUACAUUUGUAAGUUAUCAACCAACUUUGCCUUUUUUUCUAC